UCGGUGCCGCAGCCGCCAUUGGGCCAGCGAGCGAAAGAAGGCGGGCCGCGAGCUCUCCUUAUAGAGCAGCAGAGCCGCGGGGCAGGGCUGCGCCUUUCGCUUGGGGCUUCGCUAUCCGGGAAGGAGCUCGGGAAUUUACCGGGGCGGUCGGUCCGCUGUCGCUCUGCAGCGAUCCCAGGUGGAAAAAGCCGAGGGGUCCCGCGGGAGAGGCUGCGCCUUCCGCGUAAUUGCGCGUCGCCUCCAGGAGCCGGCUAGGUGCCAGGUACUGUCGAGGCGAGAGCCUACGCGCUUUCCAUUCAUCCCGGGCUUCUCUUUUAGUGGGGGACAUUUUCAAAGCCAGCUUCCCACUGUCUGGUUCCCUAUCACCUUCUCUGGAAUUAAGUUAUGUCCACGGCUGCUUUAAUCAAUCUGGUUCGAAACAGAGGCCACCAAUUGCAGAGGGCACUGCUCGCAUCUUGUGCGGUUCACAGCCCCAAGCGCCAGAUUUCCACCAGUGACUGCAGGGCUUCGCGUUUCGAUCUGGAUGGGAGUGGCUGCCCUGCCACCUGGGAUUCCUUUGGGAUUUGGGACAACCGCCUCGAUGAGCCUAUCUUGCUCCCCCCCAGCAUCAAGUAUGGGAAGCUGAUUCCCAAGGUCAGCCUGUCGAACGUGGGCUGUGCCACCCAUAUUGGGAAACGGAAGGAAAAUGAGGACCGCUUUGAUUAUGCCCAGCUGACUGAGGAUGUCCUAUAUUUUGCUAUUUACGAUGGGCAUGGCGGGGUGGCAGCAGCUGACUUCUGCAACAAGUACAUGCGGAAGUACAUUCAAGAAUUUCUCUCUGAGGAACACAACAUGGAAUUAGUAUUGAUUAAAGCUUUUCUAGAAAUAGACAAAGCAUACAUGAGACAUGCCCAUUUGUCUGCAGAUGCUACCUUGCUGAAUGCUGGGACCACAGCCACGGUGGCCCUGCUGCGCGAUGGCAUUGAGCUGGUGGUGGCCAGCGUGGGUGAUAGCCGGGCGCUUUUAUGCCGCAAAGGAAAAGCUGAGAAGCUGACCAUUGAUCAUACUCCAGAACGGAAGGAUGAGAAAGAAAGGAUCAAGAAAUGUGGUGGUUUUAUCGCCUGGAACAGCUUGGGGCAACCCCAUGUGAAUGGCAGGCUUGCAAUGAGCCGUAGUAUUGGAGAUUUGGAUCUUAAGAAAUGUGGCGUGAUUGCAGAACCUGAAACCAAACGAGUGCAGCUGCACCAUGCAAGCGACAGCUUCUUGGUCCUGACCACAGAUGGCAUCAACUUUAUGGUAAACAGCCAAGAGAUUUGUGAUUUUGUUAACCAGUGCCAUGAUCCAACCGAAGCAGCCCACAUCAUUACCGAGCAGGCUGUGCAGUAUGGGACAGAAGAUAACAGCACUGCUGUUGUAGUGCCAUUUGGAGCGUGGGGCAAAUACAAAAACUCUGAGAUUAACUUUUCCUUCAGCCGGAGCUUUGGCUCAAGCGGGAGGUGGGCAUGAGCAUCUUCUGCAACAAGCCGCUGAACAUUCAAGAUAUAGAAGGCAGAAAGGUGGUAUGUAGGUAGAAGACCUCCAUCUCUUCGAGCAACAAGCCUUUUCUCCCUGGGUAACAAACUGCUGUUAACUUGAUGUCACCUCUUAACAAAUGUCUUUGUUACUGCUUAUCUCAAACUGAGCAUUCUCACACCUUCGGUCCUCACUUGUGGAUUUCUGCAGGAGCAAGAUGCUGACUCUUUGCAGAGACUCUGGCUGUCAUUGUGGUAUCACCUGUUUCUCCUGAUGUUCUUGAGGUAUUUUAGGGGGUGGGAGAACAUGGCAAAUGCAAGCAGGCUCUGCACAGCAUUGCAGUUGGGGAAGCACAGGCCAAGGACAAGAAAACAAGUAAAAAAAAAUUAUCUCCCUUGCUAUGCCAUCCUGCCUAAAGGAAAUCCAGAGGCUACUAGAAGGUUGGAGAGAGUGAGAGGUGGAUUUAAUUGCUAGCUCACCACCACUGUCAGAUCAGAGAUAGCUCAACUCUGAGAGGAUGUAUUUUGGUCUCAGGGGGAUAAGCCUCAGGACUGUGGAGGUCCAGUGGCAGAGACAGUCAGCAGUACACUUCCUAUAUUGAUGUCCUUUUUUUGAAAAGCAGAGAGAGUUUUACACUUGGUUAAAUAUCUGUAUCUUUGUCUAGUGUAUGGCUCGAGAGAGACACUGCAGUCCUUGAGACACAGUACCAACAAGGGCAUACCACGUUAGUAUCCUUUCCAAAAGAGAUCAGAUGAAUUCUCUAGUUUUUUUUCUUUAAAGGGGCCAAUGCUAAGAACCCCCUUUUUAAAAAAAAAAUGUUCCACAUUGGCUACUGUUAAACAAACGUUUGGCAGUUCCUUUCCUAAAUAUUAAUGCAGAGCAUUAAUGCAAUUAAUUUUGGCAAUACGGUUUUUUGUUUGUUUCAUAGUUGACAAGAAGACGAGUAUGCCCACUUGAUUUUCUGCACUGUGGCUAUCAAAAAAGCACAGUCUGAGACUGUUUAGAAUUGCCCUUAACUUUUACCUAAAGUAAAACUUGGAGGGAAAUGAAUGUUUUAGAGAGACCAGUAAUAUAUUUUCAAAAGAUUCUAUCCCUUCCCAUUUUAAAAUCCAGCUGAGAAGGGAACAAUCUGUGUGUUUCUCAGCAAGUCUGUAGUAAUUGAAAUAAAAGCAAGGUUUAAUUUUGUGGCACAGGUAUCUCUCAGUUUCUCUGGGAACCUUCCCCAACUUUCUGUCUUUAAGAUACUGGCGGGGGUGAGCAGAUGUACACAUCUGAUUGGGAAUUUCAGGAGUUUCAGUAUCCAGCUCAUCUAGAGAAUAUCAGGUGGAAAAGAAAGCCAAAGUACUGAUGCUAACAUCUUAAUUUCUAAAUCUGAAAUUUUCAGUCUCAGCUGUGAGAUCUCAUGACAGUGCCAAAAUAUGCAUUCUUGCCUGAGCAAGAAAGCUGCAACCUCAUGAGAUCUGAGGAUCUCAGAAGCUUCCAGCCGUUGUGGAAAAAAACCCAACUGAUUUUGAAAACACCCCUAAUUUUGGCCAGUGCCAUCUACACAUGUUGAGAUUAUAUUACUGGUGGGCACUGAGUUUCCAGUCCCUAUUAACAUUACUUCCGUACCCCAAAGGUGUAAGAAGCAGUAGCUCUUCUGAGUCAUAGGUGUCCUUGGGAGAGCAAACGAUGUGACCUGUGUCAUGACAUCAUCAGACAAAUGUUGUGAUUGGCAUCAGUCAAAGCUGUGACAGAUGCAAAUUCCAUAACGUUGUAAUUGUGUCAUGAUGCACGUCUCAUAAUUUGGAUGCUACUGUGGUUUCUAACAGAUGCCUAUGGCUCCAGUAUAAAUAUGUGAAGCAUUUCCUUGGGCUAAAAGGGAAAUAACAUUAAAUAAAAAUACAAUACUCGCCUUCCCCUUCCAUAGAGUUACUUUGCAUCUGGGAAUAAUAGUGCUGAGCCAUUUAGUUGAACCCUGGUCACAAUGUGAACAAUGGAUUUACACAACUGAACUGAAAGCCCGUAGCACCAAGGGCCAUUUUUGGUGUCAAUCAUUCCAAUGCUGCUGCUGUAAAUCCUUCUGUUCAUGAAUGAUCCUUUGAACUUGUGAAAUGCUUUGCAGACAGUGCCCUGGUAUUGUUCUGUUUUUAUCUGCUGUAUAUUUUUAUUUGUUUGUGUUCUGUAUGCCCAUAUACUGUAACAUGGUUAUAUAGGCUUUAAAAGGUAUGUGUAAAAAUUGUAUACACACUUAUAUCCAUUGCUGUCACUUUAGGACACUACAGGGGUGUGUAUUGAUGUUAAGAACAUUUUGUUCUUCCUAGGUUCUUUUUUUACAAGGGUUUUUGUUCUUGUUGUUUGCUACAACAAAAACACCAGCUCUUCCGUGGGCUAAGAAAGGCAAUGCUUCAAACUUUAGCAAGCGAUCAGAAUUAUCACCAUUAUCUAAUGUAAAUACAUGAUGCAAAUAAAUUGUAUUACGGUUUCUCCUCCUUCCAGGUGAACGGGCAGUUCUUGGCCAUGAUUCCAUUUCUCUUUUUUUAAAAAAAAAAUCUUAAUAGCAGCAGCUAGAGAAAAGGAAGUUGAUAAUUACUGAAGGCAAAGAAAGCAAACAUAAUUGUUUUCCCUUACUCUGGCCCAGCCCGGUGGAACUCUACCCCUACAAAGUAAAUACCUUUUUCAGAAGAAGGAAUUUUCCUCCAGAGCACAAAUUCUCUCGCCACCCCUGCUCUAAUCUUGCUAAUUAUCCAUCCCUCCAGCUGACAUUUGCAUAUUUUUUUCAAAAGCUGCACAGUAGACACCAGGACAUGCAGAUCAUACCUCCUUUGGCCCUCAUAAAUCUAGAAAUAAAGGGAAUCCGAAUCAGGAAAUUCAUAAAGCUAAUCUUAAUAGGAUUUUUUUAAGGCAUAACAUUAAAAGGAGAGAUGGGCAGCUGGUGGUUAUGGUGGGGAAAAAAACAUGCAUAAAACUUCCAAAGAAAUUAUUUUAGGUUGUGGUUGCAGGCAUCAGGGCACUAAGCCAAUCUUAGCCCUGUGUAGCAGUCUGUCAAGAAAUGGGGGCUUGGAAGACUUAUUUCUUUGCUUCCUGCUGUGGAUUGCAAAAAGAGGUUUAUCGAGCAUCUGAGUUACAAGAAUAGUCAUCCCCAUUCAGCUUAGAAUGCUACAGGUUGCACAGGACUGUGCAAGAUAUUUAUUUUCCUGCAUCACUUUUUGAUUUGGUGAUUGUUCAGUAGACAUUUUGGAACUGAACACAGUUGCCCAUCUCCUUUGUAACAAGGAGAAACUGGAUGGUGGUACUGUAUAGAUGGAACUACCAGCUGAUUGGGAUGGUUUACCUGCAUGGCAUAUUAGUGUGCUAUGACCAGCUCAUUUAAGGUGAGUUUGGUAGCCAGAUGGUCUAGUGAAAGCCACCAUAAGUUUACGUUCUUUGGUUCCAGCAUAUUUAAGCUGCAUAAGUAUACAUUUGGGAAAGGGAAUAUGCAAACUAGCUGGGAUUUAGGGGCUGGACAAAGGAAGCUUAGAUGUGUUUUGACACACAGUUUGUCGAUACCAAACAAUAGGCAGUUUUUUCACCACAUGGAAUGUACUGUAGGGAGGAUUUCUAAAGUUUUCCAAGGUUGUUAAGCUGCAGAGCCUCCUGCACAGGAGGAAGCCAAUAAUAUUUAGAAAAUGAUUACUGUUCCUGGAUACAUAGAAUGGUUUGGCAGCUUGGCAUAUCAAAAUGACUUAAAGACUCUAAUAUGCGUGUGUAUAAAUUGCUUUGUACAUUUGUUUUAGGAUGCAUGUGAAAAUGUACACUUGAUAAUCCAGUUUCCUGGGAGAGGUGUUUAAAUUUAUGGUGUAAGAUCUGUGCUGGUCCUGGCUGCUGUAUUUCUGUAGGAUGUGAGAUUGGAAAUGAUUAGUGUAGUGAAAGUGUUUAUGAGAAUACACUUAUUUCUCAGACUUGUUUACUCUUUUGUUGGUACAAUACAUUUUCUUCCUGUUUCUUUCCAGUGAAGCAAAGUGAUGAUGCAUGUUCUUGUAUGCAGCACUCCCUGGAAGCAGUUUCCAGAGAAUCUGCUCAGGCCUUGCAAAAGACAUGGCUGCUUUAAUGAUGCAAAGUGAGGUGCUUUGUUCAUGUACUCAUGCAUGACACUGCAUCUCUUGGUUGCUUUUCACUACCAUUCAAUUGUUUGGAUUGAAGGCAAGACUGUGUCCAAUAGCCUGUACAGGAAAAACAGUAUCAGACGAUUGUAAUCUGGGUUAUAAUUGUGAGCAGAUGUGUACAUAUAUUGAACAAGUGUACAGAUUGUGUGACUGGUUUGCUACUUCAUUUUAAAUGGUUGCUUUUACAAAUCUGUAUUUGUCAUGGAGCAGGUGGAAGAAUAAAACACAUUUUAAUAAAGAGCUUGUUCCCAA